AUGGAUGGUGUUGAAAUUAUAGCAAAAUCAAUUAAAAAUAGUGCAAUUGAAAAAGUAUUUGGUAUAGUUGGUGUACCAAUUACACCAAUUGCAUAUGAAUUACAAGCACAAGGUGUUGGAUUUUUUGGAUUUCGUAAUGAACAAAGUUGUAGUUAUGCAGCAUCAAUUGUUGGAUAUUUAACAGGUUUACCAGGAUUAUGUAUGACAGUUAGUGGUCCUGGUGUAGUUCAUGCAUUGGCAGGUGUAUUAAAUGCUCAAUCAAAUGGUUGGCCAAUGAUUUUAUUAUCAUCAAGUAUUGAUCAAUCAUUAGUUGGUAAAGGUGGUUUCCAAGAAUGUAAACAAUUUGAAUCUGCUGAACUCUAUUGUAAAAAAUGUUAUUAUCUAACUGAAAUCGAUCAUUUUCCAGAAAUCUUAAAAGAUGCAAUUGAAACUUCAUUAUCAAAUAGACCUGGUCCAGUUUAUAUUCAAAUUCCAGCAGAUUUAAUUAAAUCAAAAUGUAAAGAAUCACCAAAUAUUAGAGAAGCAGCAGGAUAUGGUACAAUUGCAAUUAAAUCGGUUGUACCAGAUAUGAAAUUGAUUAAAGAUGCAGUACAAUUAUUGAGUGAAGCAAAGAGACCAUUGGUAAUUGGUGGUAAAGGUGCAGCCUAUUGUAGAAGUGAAAAUGAAUUAUUAGAAUUUAUAGAAGCCACUAAAAUACCAUUCUUACCAUCACCAAUGGGUAAAGGAUUACUUAGAGAUGAUCAUCCAUUAGUAGUUGGUGCAGCAAGAUCCUAUGCUUUGAAAAAUGCUGAUGUCGUAUUGGUAUUGGGUGCAAGAUUGAAUUGGAUGUUUAAUUUUGGAAAAGCACCAACUUUUUCAACAGAUGUAAAAUUCAUCAUUGUUGAUGUAGAUGAAAAUCAAGCUUCAAAAACUAAAAAUCCAAAUGUUGUACCUGAAAUUGCAAUUGUUGGUGAUGCACGUUUAUCAAUUGCUGAAAUGCGUAAAUUAUUUAUUGGCGAAACUGAUGAACAACCACAACCACCACAAGAUAGUUUAAUUAAAUCUAUGAAAAUGGAAGAAUCAUGGUGGUCAAAUUUAAAUCAAGAUAUUCAAGUGAAGACAAAAUCAUUGGCAACAUUAAUGAGUGAACCACAAAAUAAUGAUCAAGAAUAUUUGACUUAUCAUAAGGUUUUCAAUGCAUUAAGAGUUGGUGGAUUAUUUCAAGAGGAUACAAUCUUUGUAAAUGAAGGUGCAAACACUAUGGAUAUCGGUAGAUUGUGUAUACCACAAACACUACCAAGAAGUAGGUUAGAUGCUGGUACAUUGGCAACAAUGGGAGUUGGAGUUGGGUAUAGUGUUGCCGCUCAAAUUUGUUUCCCUGAUCGUUCAGUGGUUUGUAUUCAGGGUGAUAGUGCUUUUGGUUUCUCUGCUAUGGAAAUGGAGGUUGCAGUUCGUUAUAAAUUACCAAUUGUUUUCAUUGUCCUAAAUAAUAAUGGUGUUUAUGAAGGUUUGGAAUCAAUGUCUGAUCCAAAAUAUACAAGUUCCACUGAAUCUGCUUCACUCCAUAUUCCACCAACUUCACUUUCCGUUGAUACAAAAUAUGAAUUAAUCAUGCAAUCAUUUGGUGGAACAGGUUAUUCCAUAUCAACCAUUUCAAAUCUUUUAGACAUUUGUAAACAAAUUAAAUCAAAACAAAUUUCUUUACCAACUUUAUUAAAUAUUAAAAUUAAACCAACUGGUACAAAACCAAAAAUUGUUCACUAA